AUGAUACCUAUGGUUUCCGACCAAGAACAAAUACAACUUAACAGCAAUGAUAAUCUUAAUGAUGAAGAAGAAUUGCGAUAUAAAGAUAUAAAACAAUAUUUACCAACUUUAUAUGAUACAUAUGCUAGAUCCAAAAAGAAUAUAAUACUACUUAUUAUUAGUAGUUUAGGAUUCUUAUCAAAUUUCGAUGAACUAGUUUAUCUUCCUGCGUUACCUACGGUCAUUCAAGAUCUGCAUACAUCAGAAACAUUAGGUUUAUUAACAAUCACUGUAUAUGUGCUUGGAAGUUGUUUUUGUGGACUUAUUUGGGGAGUGUUAAGUGAUUGUUAUGGACGUAGAUCAAUUAUGUUACUUGCACUUUGUGGAUUUAUACUGUCUAUGGCUGGCUCUUACUUUUCAUCAAAUAUAGGUAUAUUUUUAGUAGCUCGUGUAUUACAAGGAGGUUUCAUCUGUGUUACACAAAUUGUUGGUCAAGCAACAAUUGCUGAUAUAUAUCCACCAAAUGAACGUGGACGAGCUAUCGCUCUCUUCUAUGCAUUUUAUUUCAUGGGAUCAUUAGUUGGCCCAGGCAUCGGUGGACAGCUAUCUUAUCAGUUUGGCUGGAGAUCUACAUUUAUUGUAGUAGAAAUUCUUGCAAUUGUUUUAUUUAUCUUUUAUGUCUUAUUCGUACCUGAAACACAACAGUAUAUAAUUGUAUGCAAAUAUCACAAAGCAGGAACAAAACUACUUGAGUACGACUUACUUGUGAAACCGUCACUACAGAAUCCAUGUUUAACAUUGGCAUACUUAAAAGAGACAACAAUUAUACCGUAUAUAUUUGUUUUAGCAAUAGGAUACAUGUCAAUGAAUAUUGCACAGCUUUUUCUUUCUAUUCGAUUAUCUAAAGCACCUUAUGACUACAAAUCAAACAUAAUCGGUAUAUUAUAUCUUCCAAUGGCGAUUGCAAAGUUUUUAGGUAGCAUUGUUGGUGGUAUUCUAUCUGAUUAUGCAGCAGUUAGGUAUAUGACAACAUUAAGAAUCGAUGAAGGACAUGUUGUGCCAGCAUUAUUAUUUUCUGUUCUAACACCUAUUGGUCUAAUCAUUUAUGGAUGGUCAUUUCAAUAUGGCAUGCAUAUAUUAUUACCAGUCAUGGGCUCAAUUAUCUGUGCUUUUGGUCAAACAGGUACUCGACCUGGUAUCUAUUCGUUCUAUACAAUUAAAUAUCAACAAUAUUCAGCUAGUGUUAUAGCAGCAAAUAAUUUUGUACAAUUAUUAUUAACAUCGAUUAUGCUAACAUCUACAGCAAUAAUUGUAGAAUCGAUUGGUAAUGGACUAUACUUUACAAUUAUGGCUGUGGCUAAUAUAUUGGCAACAAUCUUACCAGCAAUGAUUGUUUCAAGAAAAAUUAGAUUAUCAUCUAAUAUUUCUGAAAAGAUGCCUAAUCAAAGUACUCCUCUAAUAAGUACUGAUGAUAGACAAUAUCACGAAUAA